UAUUUUCUUCAGGUGUAUCUUAAUCAACCAAAAAUGGUUUUAAAGAAGAAAAAAGAAAUUAAGGUGGAUGCAUUCUUUCUUGAUGGUCAACAGCUUGAAAAGCUUAAGAUGUUUAGAGUGUCUGAGGAGCAAAAUCUGGCAUCCCUGCUUCUGCACUGUGCCCAGCUGAGCAGUGGCAUCCAGCAGAUUCAGUGCAUUAAACAGAUUAUUCCUUUGAUGAAGAAGAUGGAUCAGAACUCUGCAUCUGAUCCCAUGGUUAAAGCUUGUUUGGAUAUUUUGGGAGAGAUAUAUUUUACACUGAGUGUAAAGAAUCCCUUGAAAAAAGUUCUACAAAGUUCACUGAAUUGUCUUCCUGAACAGUUUAUGACUGAAGCUGUACAAAGUUUUGUGCGCUGCCUUAGAGAAGAACUGAAAACCACAGACAUAUAUUUAUAUAGAAAAGUAUUGGAUAACCUUGCUUCCUGUAUGGAAGACUUCAACCUAGGUAAAGCAAGCAUUAAGAACCUAUUUAAAGAAGUUCUUCAGUUUCUGCAGAAGUCUCUGCUUGACAUUCAGGAAGAAAACAGAAAGAACAGUGGAAAUCGUAUUGUUCAGACCCAGCUGAUGCACGACUUAUUGGCGGCCAUUAAAGUUUCAAUGAUGCUUGUACAGAAACUACAGGAGAAUAUUCAAGGAAAUCUUUGGAAAAAUCCUGACUCUCUUAUUUGGCAAAGUAUGUGUAGCUUGCUGAAAAGCUCCACAAACUUCCUAAUGGAUGAAACUCUGCUGCAGACUGUUCAGACAACUUCAGGGCUGGCCUUCAUUCUCUUCACUAAAGCUAUGUAUGAGACACCUGAACAGUUACCUUCCUUGGUCAGUGCCUUGCUUAUGGGAUCAGUGAAGGAUACAGAGAUACCAGCAUGGUUUGUGGGCAACUGUGGGGUCCUCUGUAGUGGAAAAUUCCCCGACUCAGUCCUCCUCUUCCUUUGUCAUGGAGCACUGGCUAUGCUGGAAUGGAAUAGUGGCAGUAUGGGUGAAAAGGGGGAGAAACUCUUACUAGAUAUUGCAUCAGUCCUGUUAUCUUUGAGUACAAAGUUGAAAGAAUCCAGUAUGGCAACAUCUUUGUCUAGAAUCCUUGCUGUUUGGACUAAUUCAGCGCUAAAUGCCCUUGUUUCAUGCUCCCCAGAUCUAAAAAUCAAUCUUAAUGGGAACUCGGACAUACCUGGGAAGUUGCUGGAAUACGUUUACACGCACUGGGAACACCCCCUGGAUGCUGUUAGACACCAAACCAAAUUGAUAUUCAAGAAUCUUCUUUGGAUACACCAAACCGCCAUUAAUGGAUCUGAUGAAAAGUCUGACCUGUUCUUCGCAGGGUUGACAAAAAGCUUACUGAGUUUGGAAUGGCAUGUAAGAGGGAAAUAUGCUUCUCUUGGCUGUCUCGUGGAGUUCAUGGGCACUGAAAAUAUAUUACAGUUGGACCGAACAAUUCCAAUACAAAUCCUGGAUGUGAUGAACGAUCAGUCUCUUGCACCUUAUGCUAGUGAUCUUCUGGAAACCAUGUUUGUAAAUCAUAAAGUACAUUUUACCUCAGUUUUUCAAGAGAACAACUGGAUUGACCAGUGGCAUGACACCUGGAUUUCUCCUCUUCUUUUAAUACUAUGCGAAGGGAAUAAUGACCAAACUACUUACAUAAUAGAUUACUAUUUACCCAAGUUGCUAAAAUGUAGCCCUGACAGCCUGAACUACAUGAUGAAAAUUCUUCAGGCUUCUGCUGAUGCUAAUCUUGGCUCUCGCAAUAGGAGAGGAGCUCUGGGGGCACUGAUGGCCUGUCUGAGGACAGCCAGGGCUCACGGACACCUGGAGCUCUCAAAUAUCAUGAGCAGCGGUCUCGUCUCAUCCGACUGUAUAAAGCAGGGUCUAGUUCAUCAGCACAAUCAGGUUUGCAUUGAUGCUUUAGGUUUGCUUUGUGAAACCCAUCGUAGUACGGAAAUUGUGUCUAUAGAAGAAAUGCAACUAAUUCAGUUUUUUAUUACUUACAACUUGAAUAACCAGGCUCCUUCAGUGAGGCAGCAGAUAUGUUCUUUAUUGAGAAAGUUAUUUUGUAGGAUACAAGAAAGUUCCCAGGUGCUUUAUAAACUGGAGCAAAAUAAAAACAAGCAAGAGUUACUUGAAGAUUCAACUAAGUGGGAUCCUGUGGUGACUUUGCAGCAAUAUAAAGUUUUUAUGUCAUCUCUGUGUGACAGACUUUUUGAAGCACUGUUUCCUGGUUCAUCCCAUGCAACCAGAUUUUCGACGUUAACUAUUUUGGGAUCAAUAGCAGAAAUAUUUUCUGUUCAAAAAGGUCAGAGACAAGUUUUUCAGUUGACUCAAGAAAUUGAUUCUGCCCGUAUCCAAACUUUGCUCCAGUGUUUGGCCAGUACUUUUGAAGAAGUAAAAGUUCUAGCAUUUGAACUUUUAAUUAAACUGCGUGAUGUUGCAUUUAAUUUACAGGAUUCUGAAAAUCUAGAGCUCUUAUUCCAAGUAGCAAUGGAUCUUAGCACAAGUGCCAAGCCAUAUGAUUGUGUGACAGCUUCGUAUUUGUUGAACUUCUUAAUACACCAUGAAGAGCUGCAGCGCAUUUGUUUAGGAAAAUGGGUUCAACUUAAUUCUCAGAUAGAUCAAGAUCAGUCAAUCAGUACAGUGGAGAAGAACACCUUAGCAGUUAUCAAGCUUUUGUUAGCGAAUGUCGAAGAAGAAAUAUUUCAAGCCAAAAAGUCCUUGCUUCAAGCAGCAGCAUCAUUCCCAAUGUAUGGGAGAGUUCAUUGUAUAACUGGGGCUUUGAAGCAAUUACCUUUAAGGUGA